CACCCGGCUGCCUGCCCAUGCCGUCGUCUGCUCGCUCGUCCUUGCGUCGUCCUCAUCCUUAUCCCAAGCCGGCAGCCUGCUCUCUUCCUCGUCUCCCUGGCUCGGCCCCUUUUCUUCUUCCUAUAGCUCCCACUGACCGAGCUCGAGCAGCUCAAUGUCAGCCGGCCAAAUCCGUCGGCCACACCUCCUCCCUCUCCGAUUCCGCGCGCCCAAGCCUUCCCCACCCCUUCCUCUCCUCCUUGCUCGCCUAUGAAGGCAGCUCCGGCCACCGAUGCGGCUGGAGUUCCACAUCUCGUGGCCGCUGGGCACCUCAUGGCAGCCUGCCAGUCACCUUGCUGGUGAACUCUAUCUUCCCGGCCACCAGGGGUACCACUACCUAUGCCUGUGUAUCUAGCACUCCGGUCCCUGCAGCACAAGAUGCUCCUACACGGUGGCUCCUCCAUGUGCUGGUGCUCCUUCCCAGCACUUCAGUAGGCAACAGGUACGCUAGAUGCACGACGUGUGGAGCUAAAGGAUAAAGUCGGAGCCGAACCCGAAGAUGAUGUUUGGUUGACAUAUCCAGAAGAUGGAUGGAUGGAUCCCGAUGUGCCCGACCGAAGGCAGGUGCUCGUCAAACGAGUAUCAUCUAACUAACACUGACCUUGUGUCAAAUCCCAGGCAAGCCCCGGAGCAUAACUCCUAAUUUGAGUAUUCAAUGUUUAUUUAAGUAUUUGUGCAUUUAAGUAUUAGGAGUUGUAUGAAACCCUAGUAUGCAUGCUCUCCCUAGGUACCUGUGAGUCCAUACUAGUGUGCAGGUAUCGUUAGCAAUGCUCUGCUAAAUAGGAUUUCGGUAGAAGUCGAGUGAUUACUAUCACUCGCGAGUUUAGGAUCUUGAUUCUUUAGCUAUGGCUUUGAAUGAGUUGUUGAGUAAAGAGAAAUGGAGACCGGGCGGAAAUGAGUUGGUUUAAUGGUAUAGAAUGGAUGAAAAGAAAUCUCCGCCUGUGUCGAUUGAGGACCGUUCCGUUGUUGGCAGUGUUGAUCGAGGAUUGAACAGUACUAACCACAUACCGGAAGUAGGAGGUAGUCGAAACCGGUGAGCUAUGUACCACUUUACAGCGGUGAUUUGAAUUUCCGUCAUGCUACGCUGGGCGUGGGAGUUGGCGGGUGUUGGAUAGGAUGCCGCCUCCGGGUUCUCCGGGAGUUCACCGCGAGGGGCCCAUCACCUGGGUUUUAGCAGGCGUAGUUCAGAUGCCGUGGUAAUGAUGGAAACAGUUGACGCGCGUGACCCGACGGGGUUUACAUGCGUCGUGUGAGUUAGGUCCACCUUGCAAGGUUAAAUCGGAUCGAUUCGCCGUGACUCGCGGUUAUGAGAGCCUUGAUCUCUUUGUCACAUCGUAGUAAAGGAUGGAAUGAGAAUGAGUUGAAGACGUUGAAUGGUUUAAAUAUAGGUUUAAUGUGAUCAACCAUGCUUGCUUAGAUGUCAGGCAAAUUUAGUUGGUACUUGAUAAACUUAAAUUGAGCUAAAAUAUUGAAAGUAAGGAUCCAGUAUUAGUAGUCUUUCAGCAAAACAAACUCCAGAGCCAAAAAGCUUUGCAUGUCUAGAUAGUGGGCUAAGUAUACCCGUGUCGGGUAAGUCUUGCUGAGUAUUAGUAUACUCAGGGUUUGUUGUCACCCUGUUUUCAGGUAUUUAUUAUUGGUGGAAGCUAACCAGGAUGCACAUUGGUGGGCUCGAUGUGACGUCCUCCCGACUUCGUAGUUAUCGUGAUUUUUAAACUAAACUUCUAUUUAAAUUCCGUUGCACUUUUAAUUCUGAUAAUUUGUUUAAAACUCAUUUUGUGAAGUUCUGUUUUGUAAUUUAAAUUUGAGAAACUUCUGUUUGCACGUAAUCAUCUGUGCUCACCUUCGGGUGAGACUUCCGGUGUUUUCGAUCCUUAACCCAGCAGGCUGCCAGAUUACACCAUUUUAAGUGCGCGGUGGCUUGAUUAAUACUUAAAAUGGUAGUUAGCGCACUUAACCCGGUUUAAUUUGGGCGGUUCUGCCACAUCCGUGGCAGGCGAGCAACUCCCGGCCAGCGAGGGUCUCCGCGGCGGCGAGCGGCUCCACCCAGCCGUUGGUGAUUUUUUUUCUUUUUUUUCUUACUUUUCUGAAAUAGAGAUGGGUGUUGAUUGUAUCUAUCCUGUGAUCGAUUCUUUGAAUGAUAAAUCUAUAUAUGGAUUUUGUAUAUGUCGAUCCAAUAUUUUGUGGUUGAUUCUUGAAUGAUUGGUGGAAGGUGGGAAGAGAACGGAAGAGGAUACGAGGGAACGGGAGAGGAUGCGUUGGAACGGGGUGACCGCCUUUGGUACCGGUUGUUAUUUUCAACUGGUGCCAAAGAAUACUUUAGGCACCGGUUGAUUUACCCGGUGACGAAGAGGGAGGCCAAAGGUCGCGGUUUCGGGGUACCGGUUCAAAAACCAGUACCUAUGUCUCCUUUCAACCGGUGCCUAUGGCUGUUUUUUUAGUAGUGGCAGCCCGGUGGCUGUGUGUGGAGAGUGACAUCAUGGUCCCAGCCUUCGAAGGAUUUAGGAUGGUCUCGGCCUCUCGGGUAGCUUGCUGCUGGGCUUUCCCUUUUGUUUAGGGCAUGUUUGGUUUACUUCCCACCUCAACCUGGCUAGCUGCAGCGAUGCACGCUCCCUUCGGCCAGGCUUGCCAGGUGCAGUAGCCUCUUGAUUGGUUACCGUAGCCAUGCAUAGAAAUCGUUUGGUUGCCUUGCCUGCACGACUAGCGCUCAACAAUCUUUUCUCCUAUGCAGGCUUCCCCAAGCAGCUCAUUCCUGCACCGCAGGAGCCAGGCCCGGAGGAAACGACCGAAUCCAUCGUGGGAACCUGGCUCGAGUGGUAUGGUCGCAUGAGCGUAGCCUGACUCAGCCGUCCGUGCAGGCAAGCAAACAUGGCGCAGCUGCACGACGUCAGCCUGGUCACAGGACAAACUGGCAUCCAAACACGCCCUUAUGUACCCGGCUGCACUGCAAGGGGCAUUAGAAAAAGGCCACUUGCAGUGAGCACACUUGCAGCAAGAUUUUUUUCCCUAUAGAAAACGAGCUUUUUAUUGCUCAGAAAUAACAAUUCAAACAAUCAACAAUUGAAAUAAUCCUACAAAAUCUGAUUCAAAAUAUGGUACGCUAAAUUUUCUUCAAUAUACAUAAAAGGACAUGGCUAAUUUACAGCUAACCGUAAAUUACAAUAAUCACACGGCCGCUCCAUUUUGGAUGCAUGCCUGUAUGUGAGGAAAAGAGAGGAGAGAAAAAAUGAUGACGCCCAUGCAUACAUUUAAUUCAAAAAUAAAAAAAGAUUAUAGUUUCAAAAUCGAGCAUCAAAAUCAAAAUCCGAUUACACCGUUGUGUUUGUUUCAAUAAAAGCUUUAAAACAAGAUCUCAUACCACUAUAUUUUGAUGAUAUAUUUUUUAGUGUAUUCUAAUUUGCUUUUGAUGUUUGCAAAAAUUGCUUAUGGGUUUACACAAUAUUGCUUUGCUUGGCAGAAUUCAAUUAAGUGGAUAUUGGUGCUUCAUGUUGUGAAGAUUCAUUGUUUGGUGUCAUUAGUAGAUAAAGGUAAUAACUUUGUUAGAUAGGUGAAUGUUUAUUGCAUGGUCAAUAAUAGUCAACUUUAGCAGAUCGGUUAACCAAGUUAACUAAUUUAUUUUAUUAUUUUUCUAUUAUACAUAAAGAAAUUUAUGUGUUUUGAAAUGUUGUCAGACAUAUACAAGUAGGGUCUUAUUUCGAAGGUCUUUUCGAAAGAGAUAAUUGUGCAAUUGAAAAUUAAAUUUGAUGAAUUAUUUAAGAGCUAUAACAUUUUUAAGUUUUAAAAUUGCUUGCACAUGCCAUGCACGUGGAUGUGGAGAUAAAUUUAGCUUGCGGUGCAUUACCAAAUGGACGGUCAGCCGUAAUAAAGUUAUUACCAUUAUAUUAUUAAGAAAGAAAAAGAUAUCACUCAUUGUGGUUGCUGAAAACAGGAUCCUAAUUUUGUGAGGACAGUAUGGUACGAUAGCAUUUUAGAAUCGGACGGUAUAAUACAAGAUUCUACAUGAUCCUAACAUAUUUUUCUCCAAUUAUUUCAUUUUAGUAGUGGUGCACACGUUUAUUUGUGUAUUUUAAAACAAAAUCUCAUUAAUAAAUAUAGGAAACAUCUAGAAUAAAAGUUUUAACAAACCUAGAUUUUUUUAAAAAAUAUCAAAAUUCUUUUUAAUUUUCUAACAUUUUGAUAUCUAAAAUACAUCUUGCCUUGCAUAUACCUUAGAACUUGGAUUGAGGCGUAUAUAGGAAGGAAUAAAUGAGAUGUUUUCUUAGAAAAACAGUAAGAACCAGAAGUUUUUCUAAUCCUACAAUAAUCAUCCUACCAGGAUUCGACCAUGAUCAUGCAAAAUAGUUACCAGCAGUGCAAAAAUAUAAUUACGGCUCCUAUCUUAAUACGAGAUAUGCUACGACCAUUAAACCACAUUUUUUUUGGCAAAGUGAUCAUAAUUUCUAGGGUUGAAAACGAAAACGAAAAUUUUCGAUUACCGGGAACGUUUUCGAAAUUUUACCAAGAUUCUGGUGUAAAUGAAAAUGAAAACGACUACCGAAAAUAUGAAAACAAAAAUAAUAUUUUUAUCCAAAACUGAAAGCGAAAUGAUUUCAGCCUCUACUGACAAUUUUCAAAAAUUACUGUAUUUAUUCGGUAAUUUACCAUAUGUAUUACCGUAUUUGAAGCUCAGCCCAACACAUGCCUGAGGUUCAGCUGUAGGCAUAAGCAGCAUGCGGCCCUACACUAGCACUAUUCUUAAUGGCAUGCUAGUCUAUGUUUAAAUCUCUAUUUGAAUUUGGUUAAUGAUCAUGUAUGACUAUGUCAUGUAUGCUGUAUGCAACUUUGUGUCAUACUAUCGUGCAUGCUACUAUGUGUCAGUUAUCACGGUUUGGUUCGAUAUUUGGAUUAAUAUCUUAAUCGAAUCUUCACUAUUUGCAUAUGAGAUGUGUCAAGUCAUAUAAUUAAUGUUAUGCUCUAUUGUUUGAUGUAUUUAUCAUUUUUUAAAUACUGGUUUGAUGGGUUUCGACCGUUAUCGAUGUGUUCUCGACCGUAUAUUUCCGUUUUUGAAAUUACCAGAAUACCGGCGCCGUUUUCGUUUCAGAAAAUACCGUACCGCUUUCGUUUCCGAUGAAAAAAAUGUGAAAACGAAAAUGGUGGAGUCUUUCGUCGAUCGUUUUCGACCGUUUUCAUCCCUAAUUUCUAUGCGUGUUAGCGUGAAAAAAAAACGUAAAGUCAUCUUCCAGAUUAGAAGACGAACUUUGAGAGUCACCGCUUAAUACGCUUUCUGUCUUCUCCUUCCCUGAACCAAAGCCUGACCCAAUCCACCAUCGUACGAAGCGCUCCGCGGCCGCCGAGAGAUCGCGGCGAGCGCCACCCAUGCUGCGCGUCGUCGUCUCUACCCUCCCCGCCCUCUGCCCGCUCCUCCGGCGCCAGCCUCUGCUAAACCCUAAACCCCUCAUCCGCGCUCGCCUGCCGCAGUGGCCGUUCUGCGCGCUAUCGUCCUCCGCGCCUCCCGCCACCCCCGCGCCCAGCGCCGCGGGGGCGGGAGAGGCGGUUCGAGUGGAGGAGCACCUGACGCUGUGCGCGGCGGCGGGCCGGGCGCCGCUGCGGGUGGCGGUGCUGGUGAGCGGUGGGGUGGACAGCAGCGUCGCGCUCCGCCUCCUCCACGCCGCCGGCCACCGCUGCACCGCGUUCUACCUUAAGAUUUGGUUCCAGGAAGAUUUCAGGAACUUUUGGUCCGAGUGCCCGUGGGACGAGGAUUUAAAGUAUGCACAAGCUGUUUGUGACAAGAUUGAUGUACAAUUGGAGGUGGUCCAUCUGUCCGAUGAGUACUGGAACCAUGUGGUAUCUCACAUCAUCAAUGAGUAUCGCUGCGGCCGCACACCAAAUCCUGAUGUUCUUUGCAAUACAAGAAUAAAGUUUGGGGCUUUCUUAGAAGCUAUUGAAAAUCUGGGAUUUGACUACAUAGCUUCAGGACAUUAUGCAUAUGUAGUCCAUCCUUCUGUUGAAAAUACUGAUGCACCGUCGCUACUACUAUUAUCAAAGGAUAAGAUCAAAGAUCAGACCUAUUUUCUCUCUCAUCUAUCUCAGUCUCAGCUAAGAAGGCUUCUUUUCCCGCUAGGAUGUAUCAAAAAGGAUGAGGUGCGCAGGCUGGCUGCUCAAAUGGGUCUUCCUAAUCAAGGUAGAAAGGACUCACAAGGGAUAUGCUUUCUUGGAAAGGUCAAGUUUAGUGAGUUUGUUGAAAGACAUAUAGGCGAGAUGGAGGGAAUCAUAUUGGAAGCUGAAUCUGGAGAUUACCUAGGGAACCACCGGGGGUUUUGGUUCUAUACAAUUGGUCAACGGCAAGGAUUGCGGCUUGCUGGAGGACCUUGGUAUGUAGUUGAGAAAGAUGUUCAAAACAAUGUAGUUUUCGUAUCAAGGAAUUACUAUUCACUGGAUAAGCGGAGGCGCACAUUUCGUGUUGGAUCACUAAACUGGUUUGAUGAUUCUGGACCUGGAAACAGUGAACGACUUAAGUGCAAGGUGCGGCAUAGCCCUGAAUUCCAUGAUUGCACUGUGACAAAAGAGCAUACCGAAGAAAAUGGAGAUGUUUUGAUGGUGCGACUAUCUGAAGAUGACCAGGGAUUAGCAGCUGGUCAGUUUGCAGCAUUCUACCGUGAAGAUUUAUGCCUGGGUUCAGGCAUAAUUUUGGAUUCCUGGGAUGAGACGAGCUUUCCCAUCUGCUCAAGGGCACUUGAAAUCGCUAGAUUGGAGGACAAGUCGAGCCUAGGGAAGCCAGUAAGAAUCAUCAACUUGGAACACAUAGUUAAACCAGAACAGGAGGCAAUCAAAGUAGCCUGACGGAACCCAGCUGAUGUGACCUUUUCCUUACUGCACCAAGGGUCCUGCAAAGCUAUAUACACUGGCAGUUUCGCGAGCCCUGUCAAAGUGUCAAUUCAGGAAAGAGGAAAUCCGGGGUGUUCCAGAAACUAUCGCUGUGUUGCCUCCAAGCGGGGAACUCCAGGUCUUUCUUGGAAAGAUGACAGUGACAUGCUGUUGGGGAGCUUGCGUUUCAGAAGAGAAAAACUUUGCUUCCGGAUAGAACCGGCGUUCUGGCGUCCUUGACUCCUUGUCCAUGCAAGGAUGAAAGGUUGAUUGGUUGACCUGAUAUAGAUCGUUGACAGUUAUUUCCCGAUCUGAAUUCAGUAGCCAGCAGUGGUGCGGUAAACUAAUACAGGGAGGGAGAUCGUUGCGUUGUA